AUGAAUGCUGAUGAAUUACAACGACAGAAAGAAAAUAUUGGCGGUCUUAUAUCAAUAAAUACAUUUUUAUUAACAAGAAUUGACCAAACGAUUGCAUUGGAGGAAUUGUCUUAUUCAAACGUAUUAGAAAGUGUUUUUUAUGAAAUAGAAAUUGAUACCAGUAUUACAACCAAACCCUAUGCAAAUGUUACAGUUGAAAAUAAAUCGGGUAUACUAUUAUCGAUUGGAAGUGUAUUUCGUAUAGAAUCUGUUAAAAUGAACCAGAACGGUAUAUGGCUUGUGAAGUUAAAAUGGGGAAAUGACGUACAGAUGCAAUUGAAACAUACUUUAGAAUUGAUUAAAAAUAAAAUCGGUGAUAUUCCAACUCUCUUUUUGACGGUGGGAAUGCUCUGGGACAAAGUAGGUGACUAUUCAAAAUCCGAUAUGUACUAUAGAGCUCUAAUUGAAAAUUUGCCAAAAGAUAAUAUGGAUACUGGAAAGCUUCAUAAUUUUAUUGGUGACUUAUUUUGUAGUCGAGGUGAUUAUUCAUUAGCUAUAAGUCAACAUGAACGCGCGAUUGCAAUCUAUAAAACAUCUCUAUUGGCUCCAACUCACCAUCUCUUUGCAUAUACAUACGGCAAUAUUGGUUUAAUUCAUAGUCAAUCUGGAAACUAUUAUGCUGCAUUAAAAUACUUUAAUAUUACGCUCGAUACACUGUUAAAAACACUUCCCCCUAAUCAUCUUGAUUUAACUCAAACAUAUAGUAAUAUCGCACAAGUUUAUCGAAAUAUAUGUAAUUAUACUCUGUCAUUGGAAAAUAAUAAGCGUAUCCUUGAAAUUCAACUUGCUCAUUUUUCACCAGUACAUUCUUCUAUCGCCACAACACUCAAUAAUAUUGGUUCUUUAUUCUUACAUAAAAGUGACGGUAUAACUGCUCUAAAGUACCACAGAAAAGCUCUGAUGGUACAGCUAAAAUCUUUAUCUCAUGAUCAUUUAUCAGUUGCUAAUACGUACAACAACAUGGGCUUAGUUUAUCAUUUUAGAAAAGAAUAUACAAAAGCACUCGAUAAUUUCAACAAAGCACUCGAUAUCCAACAGAAAUUAACGGAACCAUCAAAUAUGGGAAUGACUUUAAUUAAUAUUGCAAUGGUUCAGUGUGAAAAACGUCAAUUUACUUUAGCUUUAGAAAAUCUGGAGAAGACAUUAGGUAUUUAUAAAAAAGUGUAUUCUCUUAAUCAUCCUACAAUUGCUUUGGUCUAUGACUGUUUUGGAAGUGUUUAUCAGAUCAAAGGUGAGUUUAAAAUGGCACUGAAAAUGUUUGAAAACGUUUUGAAAAUACAGUCGCAAUGUUUUCCAAAUAAUCAUCCUGAUAUCGGUGGUACGUACAAUAAUCUAGGUGGUGUUCAUGAUGAUAUGGGCGAUUACGAGAGAGCGCUAAAAUAUUAUUACAAAGCAUUAGUUCUAGCACACGAAAUAUUGCCACAAAAUCACCCAGAUAUAGAACUUUAUCAACAUAAUAUAACCGAAGUUAAACGAAAAUUGGCAUGA